GCUCGGGUCCACCAAUCAGAGCGCUCGUCACCCCCAAGUGCUGGUGGGCGAGCGUCAGAACGGCGGGAAUUUGAUGUCACAGAGUAACCCGCGAAAACCUGGAGGAGGCCGAUUGACGUUUUACUGACUUUCACUUCUUCACUACUCUGCAAUGGGAAUUCAAGGCCUGGCUAAACUGAUCGCCGACGUGGCUCCCGGAGCCAUAAAAGAGAACGACAUAAAGAGUUACUUUGGACGUAAAGUGGCGGUGGACGCGUCCAUGUGCAUCUACCAGUUUCUUAUAGCCGUGCGGCAGGAUGGUAACAUGCUUCAGAACGAGGACGGUGAAACCACCAGUCACCUAAUGGGUAUGUUCUAUCGCACUAUACGUAUGGUGGAGCACGGCAUCAAGCCCGUUUACGUAUUUGAUGGGAAGCCACCGCAGCUGAAGUCGGGUGAACUGGCGAAGCGGAGUGAAAGGAGGGCAGAAGCCGAGAAACAGCUGGAGGCCGCCCAAGAAGCGGGUGAAGUGGAGAACAUUGAGAAAUUCAAUAAGAGGCUUGUGAAGGUGACAAAGCAACACAACGACGAGUGCAAAAAACUGCUUUCGUUAAUGGGAAUCCCCCACGUAGAUGCGCCUUGUGAGGCCGAGGCCACGUGUGCUGCUUUGGUGAAAGCUGGAAAAGUGUACGCUGCAGCCACUGAAGAUAUGGAUGCCUUGACCUUUGGUACUCCUCUGCUUCUGCGUCACCUCACCACUAGUGAGGCCAAAAAGCUGCCGAUCCAGGAGUUUCAUCUGAACCGGAUUCUCGAGGACGUAGGUAUGACCCAAGACCAGUUUAUUGACCUCUGUAUACUGCUGGGCAGUGACUACUGUGAGACCAUUCGUGGUAUUGGUCCAAAAAGGGCUAUCGAUCUCAUCCGGCAGCAUAAAAGUAUAGAGGAGAUCAUGGAUAACAUUGACCUAAAGAAAUACCCCGUGCCUGAAAAUUGGCUGCACAAAGAGGCUCGCCAGCUCUUCUUAGAGCCUGAGGUGAUUGAUGUAAAUGGUGUGGAGCUGAAGUGGACCGAUCCAGAGGAGGAGGCUCUGGUGGCCUUUAUGUGUGGAGAAAAGCAGUUCAGUGAAGACCGUAUACGCAAUGGAGCCAAGAAGCUGACUAAGAACCGUCAUGGCAGUACACAGGGCCGACUAGAUGACUUCUUUAAGGUGACUGGAUCCAUUAGUUCAACUAAAAGGAAGGAAAAUGACGCUAAAGGAUCUGCCAAGAAAAAGGCAAAAACCGCAAGCACACCAUCUAGGAAGUUUAAGAAGGGCAAGUGAUGAGCGCAUGUGGACUGAUUACAGAGCGGAGUGGGACCGUUUCUUAAGUAGUAAUAUGUGUGUAAAUGCCUUUGUAUGUUCUGUCCGUAAAAAUAAAGAGAAAAAUAUGUUUGA